AUGCAUUCCGGUACCGGCGAAGCAGCGUGGCGCUCGCGCGCGGUGUGCGGCACGGAGUACACCUGUUGCCGCGCCGUGCCGGGCGGAACCGGCACCACUCUCAUCGCGCUCCGCCUCUCGCGCGGCGGCGCGGCGGCUGAAGCGGCAGUCCGCGCUCUCCAGAGCGCUCACCCCGUCCUCCGAGCCCACCUCCGCGGCCCCGCCUCCAGCCCCACCCUCGCCUUCCCCUCCGCCGCGCCGCAGCUACGCCUCGCGCCCCAGCCAUGCGCGCUCGACUUCCACUCCCUCCUCGAGCGCGAGAUCAACCGCAACCCGUGGGCGGCCGCCGCGCCCGGGCCCGACGGCGCCCCGGUGCUCUUCGCCGCGCUCUACGAGCUCCCGCCGCCCGCGGGCGGGGCGGCGCUGUUCGUCCUGAUCCACGCGGCCGUGUGCGACCGCGCGGCGUCCGAGGCGCUGCUGAGGGAGCUCCUCGCGCUGCUGGGCGGCGCGGGCGUUGGCGGCCCGGAGGUGGAGGAGGAGGCGGCGGCGGUGGAGGCGGGGUUGGAGAAGAGGAUACGGAAGAAGGACGCGCGGAAGCCGUUGUGGGCGCGUGGCGUGGACAUGGUGGGCUACUCCCUCGACGGGCUCCGCGCCUCCACGCUGCCGUUCGAGGAGACCGGCACGGCCAGGUCGACGCACAUGGUGCGCCUCCGGUUCGGCCGCGAGGACACGACGCGGCUGCUCCAUGCAUGCAAGGAGAACGGAGUGAGGCUUUGCUCAGCCAUGGCUGCGGCGACGAUGCUAGCUGCACGGCAAUCGAGGAAGCAUUCCAGCAGCGGCCAGCAAGAGACGUACUCCGUUGCAACCCUCAUCAACUGCCGCGAGUUUCUUGAGCCAGCUUUGAACGAUCACAACGUUGGGUUCUUCUACUCUGGUGUCACCAACACCCACAAGGUAAACAGAGAGGGAAGGCUGUGGGCGCUGGCCAGGAGGUGCCAUGAUGCCCACAGCAACGCCAGGAACAACAAGAAGCACCUCACCGACAUCGGCGACCUCAACUUCCUCAUGUGCCGGGCCAUCGAGAACCCGCAGCUGACCACGGCCUCCGCGCUCCGGACAGCGCUCGUCUCCGUGUUCGACGAGCCGGCGACCUUCGACGUGCCUGAUCUGCAGAGCAAGGCCGGCGUGGAGGACUAUGUCUUCUGCGCCACCGUGCACGGCAUCGGCCCGUCGAUCGGCGUGUUCGACUCUAUCAGGGAUGGCGAGCUGGAUUGCGCGUGCAUGUACCCUUCUCCUCUGCAUUCCAGGAAGCAGAUACAGGAGGUGCUUGACAGGGUGAAGAUGAUUUUACACGAAGGGAGCAACCCAAGUGAUGACAAGAAUGAAAGCUGCACGUAG